ACCAGAAAAGUUUCAACUUUUAGUUCAACUCAAGAGUUACGUCCCCUGACUCUUGUCACUUUGGCAGUUUUUUUCUCGUUUUUUUCUACUUAAUCAGACAAAAUGACAGAAAAGUCCAGUAGUAAUCCUUUAGAACAGUUUGUAUUACUGGCUAAAACAGCUAAAGGUGCUGCAGCUCUGGAACUGAUAAAACAGGCACUAGAGGCCCCUGGUGUAUAUGUAUUUGGAGAACUAUUGGAUAUGCCAAAUAUUAAAGAAUUGGCCACUGGAGCUCAUGCUCAAUAUUUUGAUUUGUUAAAUAUAUUUGCCUAUGGUACCUACAGUGAUUAUAAAGAAAGAAAAGGAAAACUACCAGACCUUACCCCAGCUCAAAUGACAAAGCUGCGACAAUUAACGAUUGUUUCACUAGCAACAAAAACAAAGCACAUUCCUUAUUCAGUAUUAUUGCAAGAACUUGACAUACAGAAUUUAAGAAAUUUAGAGGAUUUAAUAAUAGAGGUGAUAUAUGCAGAUAUAAUACAUGGUAAACUAGAUCAGAAGAAUCAGAGACUAGAAGUGGACUAUGCCAUUGGUCGUGACAUCAGAUCUGAAGCUGUACCAGAGAUCAUUAAUGUUUUACAGGACUGGUGCAAUGGAUGUGAAGCUGUUUUACAAAGUAUAGAACUACAGAUAACAAAGGCCAAUCAAAAUAAAGAAAAUAAUAUCAGGAUUAAACAGCAAAUGGAACAAGAGGUUGCAAAUAUAAAGAAAACAUUAAAAAGUACACAACAAACAGAUUCAGAGGAACAGAUGGUAACAGAUAGUCGUGAUAUAGCUAUGUCAUCAGAUAAGCCAAAGAAAGGAUCUAAAACUAAAGGGAUAAGAGGAAGUAGUGGUACAAAGCUGUGGAAGUGAGACAAACAUUUGUUAUGUCAGAGAGUAAUGUGAUGUGUAGAUCAUGUGACUGUUAAUGAUUAUUAUGUGUCAGAAAAUAAAGAUUUCACUUUAUGUAAUUUAUAAAGAAAUUUGAUACUUGUACAUUUUUGUCAUACUAUUUAAAUUCAAUUCAUUUAUACUGUUUCCACUCAUUAAGCCAAAAGAUCGAUUUGCGGCUCCAACAUGGUCAAAUCAGACCUACGACCUUUGGGGAUUAGCGUGCAACUUGUAAUCCAAUGUCCCAUUUAAAAGGACCUGUAACCUUUAAUAUUGCUUUCAAAUUUGCUUUAAAGGGGUGUUGACCUGAGGAAAAUAAAAAAAAACACUACCUUGUGACCUAAGGGGGAUACCCUAAUAGUGCCCCUAUUUCCAUCACUUUGGCAUUGUAUUUUUAAAGCUGUCUUGCAAUUAUAACUAUUGAAAACCUACUAAAAUAUUCAGCAAUAUUUACUAACAGAACAUCAAAUAAGAAGCAUAUUGAUCUGUUCAAUUGAAGGUAUUUUGUGAUAAAAUAUUUAUGAGGUCCUGUGGCUGUCAUGUAGUAUUUUGUUUUGUUUAAUCUGCUAAUGGCAGUAGAUUCAAAUAAAGGUUAAUAUUGCUCUGAAA